GAUGGACCCGUGGGGUAACUACGUCAUUGUUCACCGCCGGACGCUGUGUGGAUAUUAGAAUGGAGGAACAGGAGUAAAUGGGAUUAAUAAAAUUACAGAAAUGAACAAUGACCAUAGUUGACAAAUCUUCAGAGAAGUCUGACCUUGAGUCAGUACGGUGCAAGCACUCAAGCUCCAUGACUCCUUUCUCCACUGGAGACAUGGAUGGAAGCAGUUCCAGCUGGAGUGUGGGCUCUUCAGCCACAGAGCUCUCAAGGGCCAAGACUGCCUGUGUGGCUCCCAGCAUUGGAGCAGCUGUGUACGCCAGCGACACAGGACACCCAACAGAGAGGCCCAAGGAACAUGUGGUGAUAACUUGUGGGGACGGCAUUGCUCUGCCCCAGAGGGUCCUGUUUCCAGCCGAGCGUCUGUGCUUGAAGUGGAACCAAGUCCAUCGUAUUGGAGCAGGUCUCCAGAACCUGGGCAACACAUGUUUUCUUAACUCUGCUCUUCAGUGUCUUACAUACACUGCUCCACUUGCAAACUACAUGCUGUCCAGAGAGCAUUCCAAAACAUGUCACGAACCUGGGUUUUGCAUGUUGUGUACAAUGCAGAACCACAUCACCCAGGUGUUUGCCAAUUCGGGCAAUGUCAUUAAGCCCAUUGGUGUUUUGAAUGAACUUAAACGGAUUGCAAAGCAUUUUCGUUUUGGAAGUCAGGAAGAUGCACAUGAAUUCUUGCGGUACACAGUGGAUGCUAUGCAAAAGUCCUGCCUGCCUGGAAAUAAACUGGACAGGCAAACACAGGCAACCACUCUUAUCCAUCAGAUAUUUGGAGGCUAUCUGAGGUCUAGGGUGAAGUGUCUAAAUUGCAAAGCAGUGUCUGACACAUUUGAUCCGUAUCUGGAUAUUGCACUGGACAUUAAGACGGCCCAGACUAUUACCAAAGCUCUUGAGCAGUUUGUUAAGCCUGAGCAACUUGAUGGAGACAAUGCCUACAAGUGUACCAAAUGUAAGAAAAUGGUUCAGGCCUCGAAAAGGUUUACCAUUCACCGCAGUUCAAACGUGCUCACCAUCUCCCUCAAGCGCUUUGCCAACUUCAAUGGAGGCAAAAUUGCUAAGGAUGUGAGAUACCCCGAGUACCUUGACAUGCGACCGUUCAUGUCUCAGUCUCAUGGAGAGCCACAAGUAUACGGACUGUAUGCUGUACUAGUGCACUCUGGUUUUAGCUGCCACGCUGGACACUACUACUGCUAUGUGAAGGCUAGUAACGGGCAGUGGUAUCAAAUGAAUGAUGCAUCAGUGUCUGUCAGUGACAUAAGAUCAGUCCUGAAUCAACAAGCAUACCUGCUCUUCUACGUUAGGUCAACAGAUCUGAAGAAUGGUUCAGAUUUUAACCACAUGAAUCGUACUCCUGGCCAGUCAUCCCCUCGCCCAGUUGUUACUUCUAAAAUGAAUGGUCCUCAGUAUACCUCCUCAUCCUUCAUUGGACCACAGCUUCCUCCUCACAUGUUAAAGCAGAAUAGCUCAUAUGUGAAUGGAAACGGCUCUUCGAAGGAGUACGCCUGUGGUUCAAAGCCCAGCAGCAGUUUCAGCAGCAGCAUGACCAAAACAGGCUCCAGUCUGUCUUUCCCUUCUUCUUCCUCUUCUUCGUCAUCAACCUCCUCUUCUUCCACGUCUCACCAACUUGUCCACCCCUCAAGCAUUCUUGAGCCACAGAAGAGGCCUAGGUUGACCUUUCUCAUUGGCCAGGGAAAGACUGUGCGUCCCAGCCAGACCCAGCCAAGCCCUAGCUCUUCUUCGACCUCUUCGGCCUCUCACGCUCAGCCACAGCCCUCAUCGUCUUCAUCUUCACAGUCUACCUCAGACCUCCAGAGCCCUGUGCAGGUUAAUGGUACAUCUACUGGCCACAGCGGAGCGGCUUUCCUGGUUCCUUACGGUCAGGAGUCGUCCGAGGAGUCUGACCAGGAAGGGGGAGUUUGGGAGAAUGGUAUAACUACGCCUUAUAGCGUUAGCAAGGCAGCCAAUGGGAAAAAUGGGGUGGAUGGUGUCUACUCCCAUAGUAGUUCCAGCUCAGUUGCCCCUAAGACUAACAGCUCUAACAGCUUCUCUGCAACACACGCACGUGAGAAUGGAUCAGGACAUGCUCACAAUGCUCAGAAUGGCCAUCACAAAGUUAAUGGCUUCAAGCAUGCUGAUAAGGCUAUGGGAAAUGGAGCUUCUGCAUCUUCUAUGGUCAGCCCCUCAAACAGUUUGGACAACUCCAAGCAAACUUCUAGAGUUGUGACAUGCUCCAAGCCUGUGUGCACUAAUGGCCCCCUCCUGCCAGCACCAAACACAGAAAGGACCCAGACUACACCACAGCCUGUAUCUGUUACUCAGAAUGCUCCCAAUCUGCCAUCCACAUCUCCACCUGGUGCAGAAUCAGCUGUGGAGAUGCUGGAUAAGCCAUGUGAGGAGACAUCAGCCGCUCAGGUGGACUCAACAGACAGAGUUAAGACGGAGUUGGUUCUAGGUAAUUGCAUCCCUGCAGUUAACAUCACUCCAGAACCCACUCAGGCUAAUGGGUCCAGUCUCAACCUGCGAUUAAUUGAUGGACAUGAUACUCCAAACGGGCCAAAGGCAUCCCCAGAGGCAUCUAGGCACAGUGGGGGUGUCGACAAAGAAGAAACGAAAGGCUCUCCGUCUGAGAAGCCUGGAUCUCGGGAAGAAAAGAGACUAGCAGAAGGCCGAGAACGGGAUUUGGACCGGUCUCAUGCUUCUGCUGCCACAAAGGACCGAGAUCGAGACAAGGAAAGGCACAGACAUUACAGAGAGCAAGAAGACAAAAGCAGAGAGAGGUAUGGACACAGCCAUCGACUGGACAGAGAUUAUUGUCCGCCCAGUCGAGAAAGGCACUACAGAGACCGAUCAGUAGAUAGACAUUGGGACAGACAUGCUUACUACCGUCGAGACAAUUACUACCACAAAAGAGGCAGGGAAGAGCGCAACUGGGAGCGAGACAGGAGAUACCAACCCAGUGCUUACGACGGCUACUCGCGUUCGACUUUCCACCACUAUCGGGACGGAAGCUCCAGCCACUGGCGGCGUGUGAUGGAAAACGGCCGUGACAGGUGGCACCACAAUGCAGUGGAGAGCAGCUCUAGAGCAAAGUUCUCACCCCAGCGCUCCGUCAGCCCUGCAUCCAGACCCUUGUCUAGAAAGCGCAGCCUGUCUGUUGAUGAUGAGGUUUCUGAGGAGCACAGGGCUAAGAAACACAAGAAAUCAAAGAAAAAGAAGAACAAAGACAAGCACAGGACUUCUGAAAGGGAUGUGGCUGACAGGAACGGGGACAGCAACUCCUCGCGCCACAAAAAGAAAAAGAAGAAAAAGAAGAGGAGGCAUGAUGAGGAGGAGAGGAGGCAUGCGGAGAGCCGUGACUCCCACAGUUCAGAAGAAAACGAAUGGAAGCCUCGGAGCGCCGAGGAGAGAGGGAACCGCAAGCACCACCGCAGCUCUGACAGGGAGGAGUCUCCCCUCACCAUUAAUCAAGAUCAAACUGAGGACCAUGCGCGACUCAAUGGUCACUCAGAUAGUGGCAUAAGCCCUUGCAAUGGAAGUGUUCAUGGAUUCUGUCAUAAUGGCACGGAUGAGCAAGUGAAAUACAGACACUUGAUUCACACUUCCUUUAACAGCAGAGAGCAGACAGGCUCAUGUGGAGGAGAAAAUGGAGACACAGGCACUGUGUGCCAUACAGCUGUUGCCUCUGCAGAUACUUGGAACACCACGAACACAAACUUGUGAAAAAGGAAAAACUCUACAGCUUCAGAACGAGCUCCUAAACACUGAAUGGGUGCUUUAACAACAUACUGUAUUUUUACCACAAAAAAAUGUUUUAAAGAUUUUUUUUAGAGGUUCAUUUUUUUUUCAUUUUCUACCAUACUGUACAGCUGAACUUUAAAACAACUCAAUGAAAAAAUAUAAUGAUUAAUAUAUAAACGAUUUAACACAGAAGACGAAGAAGAAGCCUGGAGCUUUAACAUCAGAAUUGCUGCUCAGACAUAGACUCAGGACUUUCUCACUUGUGAAGAUGAGACGAUUUCUCCCUUUAAGGACGCAAAACCUGGAAGUGAGAAGAAAACUCAACUAACAUGCUGCAUAAGAGGAGAAAGACUGUACUCGUCUCCCGGCUUCGAGCUAUGAUGUCACACCUCUCACAUAUCUGUUAAGAACUUUCUCAACAGAGCAGACUUUGCUGUUGCUAUGUGUGCACUUACACACCAGUUAACCUGGACACACUUGAGGACACCCUUGACAUCUGCUUUGCUUUUUUUCAUCCUUUUUCCUUUUCUUUAAAGCUCGGGACUGUCACUCUCCAGGAAUCAUUUCAUGGCAUUAUUCUCUCUUUUUCUUGUUAUAUUCAAAAAUACAUUUUCAUUGCAUCA